GUUCACGAUUCCUUUGGUUCCCGGUGCUGUGAGUGGAAGGACCGAAAGGGGCCGGGCCCACAGAGGAAAGAAAUGGCGAGUAUCGUCACCGAGGACGGGUGUGGAGUGGCAGCGGAGACCCCACAGCCGCAGGGUCCGGGUCGGGGCGCGGUCCGAUGGGGCUCACAGCACGCCGGUGCCCGUGAACUGGCUAGUCUGUACUCGCCAGGCAAAAGAUGUCAAGAAUGGAUCAGCGUCAUCCUCUGCUUCUCUCUCAUGGCCUUCAACUUAAUUCACCUUCUUACCAAUUUCCAUCUGGGACACAUGUGGUACAUACAGCUGGGCAUCGUGGCAGGAAUACUCACCGCUGACUUCGCGUCGGGACUCGUACACUGGGGGGCCGACACAUGGGGAUCAGUGGAUCUGCCCAUCUUUGGAAAGGCGUUUAUUCGCCCGUUCAGAGAGCACCACAUCGACCCCACAGCCAUCACCCGUCACGACUUCAUCGAGACAAACGGUGACAACUGCAUGCUGACCAUCGUCCCUCUUGCAAACAUGGCCUUCAACUUUCUCAUGCUGUCCCCCGCGGACAUUUACCACAUCUACCCGUGGUACUGCUACUUGUACGCGCUGGCCAUCUUUGUGACGCUCACCAACCAGAUCCACAAGUGGUCGCACACGUACUUUGGCCUUCCUCGCUGGGUGGUGUUCCUGCAGGACUGCCACGUCAUCCUUCCUCGCAAGCACCACCGCAUCCAUCACGUCUCCCCUCAUGAGACGUAUUUCUGCAUCACCACAGGUUGGUUAAACUAUCCUCUGGAGAGGCUCGGUUUCUGGAGAACCUUGGAGGAUCUCAUCCAGGGCGUGACGGGAGAGAAACCCAGAGCAGACGACUUAAAAUGGGCUAAGAAAUGAAAUAACUCUGAAGGCUAACUGCAUCCUACCUCAGCAACCCCUGGCUCUGCCCAGGCUUCACGUUGUGUUUUCUUGCCUCACUUAAAAACUGCAGUUCACAAGAUGAACGGCUAACCGUUUCUGAUGCCAUAGCUUUAAGUCUUGCACAUUUUUGCGAGGGCUCUGUUUCUGGGAUUUUAUUUUAUAGCUUUUCUACACUGAUACAUUAUCUAAACUGCAAUAUGUUAUAAGCUUUUUAUUUCUAACACAGGUCAUCAUUUUUUUAAUGGUUUUUGCAAAUAAUGUAUCACUUUCCAAAGGAGGUGAGACUAUUACUCUGAUCUGAACCAGCGCUUUGGAGAAUGAUCACACACUUGAUCAGGAGAGCUUGUAUUCACACUUUUACUCGUCACCGCUUUAUUUUCUGUUGAAUGAAGAAGCUCUAAAGAAUCGAAUUUGAUAUGAACGUCCUAGAAUCAGUCAGUUACAUAGGAUCUCUCUGGAGGCGAUACCAUUGUUGAUAGCUUGUGAUCAGAUUUCAAGUAGCUGUUACAUUUGCUCUCUACUUGCACAUUUGGGUUUGCACACUUUUUGAUAGUUUUAUAGGAUAAGUGGAAACGAAGUGAGGCACAAAUAUGUUUUUUGUUUAUUUUUUUUGUCAAGAAUUACGAAAUUCCUAUCUUUCCUUCUAAAAACAGCCAUAUUUACUAGUAGUUUAAUAAAUGGAUGAAUCUGUUACAGAGGGAGAACCAGUGAGCUACUAAAUAAUCAAAAUACAAAGUCAAAAUCAAAGUCUGAAACUGACAGCUGCUCUCUCACUUCCUUAUUGAUAGCUUUGCCUGUUAAAGUUACUUUAUACACCCAGUUUUAAUAGUUGCACUUACAUUAUUGAUGUCUUAACUGGAUUACUUCAAAUCUAAGGACUGCGGGAUUUCUUUUGCUUUAUUUUUUUCCACUUUCAAGGUGAACCAGAGCAAAAUGUCUCUGGCUGACAAAGGGGACAUCAGAAAUAUUACACACAGACUUCAGUCUGUAGAAGUAAAGAUUCAUGCUCUGGAGAGGAAUACCAAGAACAACCCUGGUUCAGCUCAAUGAAUAACUCAAAACAAUGACCAGCUCAGUGUUACACAAAGACUUCAGUCAGUAGAAAUGAAGAUUCAGCGGCUGGACUGGAAAUGAAGCAACUCUUCUUCAAAACAAACGGAGAGUUUCUCACAAACCUCACCCAGAAACUCUUUGGGAGCUAAACUGAAAACAUAAAUUCUCACACUUCGAAUCAGAUGAGAAUAUUAAUCAGCGUGAUCAGCUUUGAGCUGAAAUAUUCCCCCAUCAUCAACACUUUAACACCGACUGCACCAAAGAAAAAUAAACAUCACCUUCAAACACCAACACGAGCUGUGAGGCAAGACAAACGCAUUCAGCCCCCAAAGUGAACACCAAGAAAUCUCAAUAUGUGCCAAAAUUGCAUAUUGCCAGAGAUGAUCAAUGAAUGCAUUUGGUCAUUUUUCCAAUAGUAAAAGAAUGAAAAUACUCGUUCCCCACAGAUAGUGUCUGAUAUAACAUAGAAAAUACUCUCUCUGAUCUGGACAAACAAAAGUCUUUACCAUUCUUCUGAACGCUAUUGGGAAACUAAAACUGGAGUCGUUUCUCAGUGGUCCCAUACCAUCAGCUCGAUGGGGGGAUUUGAAAUACUCCAGAUUGCUCAUGAUAAACAGAUGGCUGCUAAACGCUCGUUCUGACCUUCAUUGACAACCACAGGAUAUUCUGAGACCGUUGUCAUCUCUUCGGACGAGGCAGACGAUGUCUUAAUAAAUAUGGGACAAAGCUACUCACUGCAAACCUCUUUCAUUUUAUCAACAAUGUGAUCACCGCUUCAGAAGAACGGGCUCAUGGACGUUUGAUAAGGAUGCAACCCGCUGCAUAUCAGGAACAACUGGAGACGGAACGACUCCUUCAUUAACGACCCAACACACGUGUUAAGUAAUGUCUUCUCCUGGACCUGAGAUUAUUAAAUUCACGGAUAAAAGUUCUCAAAAAUACAACUUUUCUUAAUGCUCACAAAGCAGACUUUACUUCAUCAAAAGUAAAUCUCCGAUUUUCCAGAGACAAGCCCGUUACAAUAACAACUUUUACUGGACGAUAAAUUGUCCCAGACGUUAUUGCGAUAGAAGAUAAUAUUGUUGUUUUGAGACCAUUUUGAAGUAAUAUAAUGGUAAUGCAAGAAUACAUCCUCAAAGAUCAAUAAACUUUAAUUUCUAUUGAACAUUUAACACUGGACCUGGAGGACAUUUUGAAUAUCCAAAAUAAGAAAAAUAAAAUAAAUUACAAAGUCUCUCCGUAAACAAAAUUGUCCUUCAAAGAAACAGGCUAGUUGAGACAAAAACACCAGACUGGAGUCUUUUAUCAGAGAAAGGAGAAAUGAGCUUGUUUUAAUUUAUCAUGCAAUUAAUUGAUUUAUUGCUUAUUGCGACAGGCCUACCCAGAGCAGCUGUCAUUUUGUGAGAUCGGGUUCGCUUUACACCCGUCCUCCUCUAGAACGCAUCUGGCUUCCCGGCAGUACAAAACAGGGCAGUACUGUCCGGAUCACCAGAAGAAAACUUGAAAAAACAAACAAAAAAACCCCAACAGAAAUACUAAAAUCAAACCUCAUGAACUUUCUGCCACCAAGUCACUUAAACAGGCUCUGCUAAAUAUAAGGUAAUUAAAAGGACUAUUAGUUACUGACUACAUCACUGAGCAUAAUGUUGAUUUCAAGCGUAGUAAGAUAGUUGCACCAGAAACUAGACCAAAAAUAUAAGAUUUUGUGGUUUUGCAGUGCAGUUUUAAGGAUGUCUUGUGCUUCUUAUAAAUCCGUAAGAUAUAGGAUAAUGACUAUUGGUUAUUGAUAGAAAAGGCUUAAAGAGACUCAUUCAUUGGUAAUAAAGACUCGUAUGACAGAGAACUUUGAACUGAGGAUUUGUGGUGAGCUGAACGGGAACCCAAACCACUUUCUCUCUUGGCUUUAGGUGCUUUUGUUAUCGAUUUAUUGCGCAUAAAUGUUCUCUCCAAGUGCUCUCAGGAUUGUUGUUAGAGCCAUUUAAAUACUUUAGUGGGGUUUUCUUGUGUGGGUAAAAACAACCACUCCAUUACAAGAGUUAAGGAUAUCAUUUGAAAUAUUAAAACAAAUUUGAGUUGAGACAGAUUUUGUUGGGUAAAGCAGGCAGUUGACUGACGCAUUCCUGGUUGUUUUGUGGCCGUGAAUCAAUACAAAUAUCUUCUGUCUGUUUGUUAUGAAGGUAUAAUUAGUUUUCGUUUCCAUUUCGGAGGACUGAACGAUCAGAAAUGGAUCAGAGGUGUAUUUACACACCAUAUAAAGAUGAUAUAACCUUGAUUUCUGGAAGUUAAUGAGCUAGUCAUAAUGAGUCCUAGGUUUUUCAAAUUAAUUGCCUUAUGCUUUCCUUAAGGAUUUACAGUAAAUGUUGCCACCGUUGUUGGAGAAAACGGUCUGAGUGACUUUAUUUUGCCUGUCAUAUGACUCAUUUCUCUCUGAGUUGGAACCCACAUGGAUGUCGGUGUUGGUCGGAUGCCCUUGGAGAUAAAGCUUAGAUAUCAGAAUAAUGCCUUGAUGCCUUUUUGUUGUCUUCCUUAUGGGAGGCUUAUAAUGUACAUAUUAACCUGUAUUUAUAAAUAAACUAACAAACACCAA